AUGGCGCAAAAGGCGAAAAAAGACCUCGCCAAGCACAACGUCGCGGCCCUCAACGGCCUGCACCUCUCGAGCCUCGUCGUCAACAUCGUCUUUCUCGUCGUCCAUUUCCUCGUCGCCCCCCGCUCGCUCGUCGCCUACGGCCUCUUCUCCACGCCCGCCUUCGUCUGCGAGUACGUCCUCGAGGCCUCGGGUCGUCCCAAGUUCGACGCCGCGACCAAUGCCCUCAAGAGCGCCGGCGAGGACAUGGCCGCCCGGGGCCUGACCGAGUACAUGUUUGACGUCAUCUGGGUCACCUGGGCGUGCGCCGUGCUCGUCGUCUUCGUCGGCAACUGGGGGUGGCUGCUGUGGGCCGUCAUUCCCCUCUACGGCCUGUAUCUCGGCAAGGGCCUCCUCGGCAUGGGAAGGCAGGCGAUGGCGGGGAUGCAAGCCGCCGGCGCGGGCCAGGACGCGCCGGCCCAGGGAAAUCGUCGCACGAGGAGGGCCGCCUGA